AUGUCGCGCCGAGCCCCGCCUCGAGAAUACUACGAAGAGGAGGAGGAGGAUUUGGAGAUCGAAAGGGAGAGAGACCGAUAUUCGCGAUCCCGUCGACCGGAGCGUGUCUUUGAUGAGGAUGUUGAAUUUCGACGGCGCAGAUCGAUGCCUCCGGUGGAGGAUCUGGAGCGCAUGCAUAUUCGGGACCGACCGCCUCGCGAUUUGGUACGUGAGGCCUACGAAGGACCAAGAGAACCAGGUCCCUUGAUCAGACGGUCACGAGACGAACGGAUUGAGAUGGGGCCCGAGAGGGAGCCGGAAGAGCCCCGAGUGCGAUCGUCUCGCCGGCGUGAGAGCCGCAACCACCGACCUCGUGAACUGGUGGAAGAGGAAGAGUCUGAGCUCAUCAUCGGGGAAAGGGAGAGACCAGAGGGUCGGAGGCAUCGAAGAUCGCGCGACUUUGAGAGAGACGAUCCUGCAAUGCGCCAGCGAGGUCGGACCAGCGAGGGGGAUUUGAAACUGAGAGAGAGGGUUCUCGAGGAGGAAGAUGAGAUCUAUUAUCGAUCGGCGUCGCGACCUAGACGCGGGCCGUCACGCCGCGAGGUGGAACUAGAAGAAGAAUCCAUCGACGAUAGACACCAGGAAAGGUUACGGGGAGCACGACCUCGACGAGAGCCUACCUAUGAAGAAGAAUUGGUCAUGUCCUGGAAAGACCGACCAUCACCUCGAGAGGAAGAGCUGGAGGAAGAGAUCAAGACUCGCGAGUCACGAAGACGACGCAGGCUCAGUCAGCCAGAGCCACGAUAUGUGCGGGAGCCUCCGCCUCGAGAGGUACCUGGUGCCUGGCCAAGUGAAGAGCCAGAUGAAGAGGACGAAAUCCGAAUCAGAGAAACGAGACGGUCAGGACCACGAAGACGACCCCGACAUCGAGACUCGGAAGAGUUGGAAGAGGACAUAUUACUUCGUCGAAGAGAACAUGGUCGGCAUGCUGGCCGGGAUAGUAUGGAGAGCGACGAAAUCAUCAUUCGAAGAAGCAAAGAAAGAUUGUCUCCCCGAGAGCGUUCUCCGUCCCCGGAACCUAUCCGAGCCCGUCCCAUCCAUCAGGACUUCAUCACGCAUCACCGACAUAUUGACCACGGUAAUUCGAAACAGAACAAACACGGCACCGUGGACAGCUCUUCUGACAAUCGACCAGGAUUCGAACCUGCACGUCUGCCUCGUGCCCCCAGUCCAGAUUUGACUUCUCCUCGAGCUAGCUUUGAUGAAAUCGACUACCACAAGCAUACUCGACGAGGCCCCCACGGGCGUGUAUCGGAAGAAGAAAUUGUUCUCAAUAAUCGAGACCGAGAAGAAUCUCUCUCCCCCACUGCCGACCUGUCCAUCGAUCUCAAAAAGCAGCGGAGACGAGAGGCACAGAGACAUCGCGAGCACCGUGUAAGAUCUGUAGACGAUCGAGACAGCACGUCUUCAAUCUCGGGAAGUCCACCCGCUCGCCCCCGGCCCCUGUCCCGUGGUCCACUUGUCGAUGAGGACCUCAUUGAAGAGGAGAUCAAAAUCCGCCGGGAGCGAUCCAACCAUCACCUGCGAGAGGAGAUUGGGAUCAAGGAGCUGGCUCUGGUCCCUUCUCCCCCAACCGAGGAUGUUGUCGAAGUGCCUCGUGCGCUAGAGGUUGUCGAAGUGGCACCCAAGGGGGCUCUCAAGGAAGAGCUUGAGGUUCGUGGCCGUGUCGAGCAGCAAGUUGUGACUGAGCGCCCCGACGAGCGCUGGACAGAAAUCACAAAGGACUUGAUCGUCCGCGAAGCCAUUGAACGCCUCGGAUAUGAGUUUGAAGAGACGAGGAAGUUUUAUUACAUCUUUUCUUUUCUACAGCCGGCCGACAUUGAUGAACUUGUUGAGUUGUCCGAUGCCAUCCGUCACGCCCGAAGACGACGCAUCAAGGAAAUGCAACAAGAACGACUGGAACGAGCUCCUCGACCAAGACCAUUUGUUGAACGAUUACCUCCUCGCCCACGGAUGAAAAGACACAUUCGGGAGCGAGAGUGGAUCGUUGAAGAGCGAACUUGA